CCAAUUCCUUCAAGGUUUUGCGUUCCCAGUACCAAGUUCUUCACUCUCUCUAUCAGUCUUCUCACAUAUACAACAAUGGCGGAACCCAAAGUCAAAUACGAUCGACAGCUCAGGAUAUGGGGUGAGCAAGGACAAGCUGCGCUGGAGAAAGCCAGUGUCUGCUUACUUAACUGUGGUCCAACUGGUUCCGAAACUUUGAAAAAUCUUGUUCUUGGUGGGGUUGGAAGCAUCACUGUUGUUGAUGGUUCCAAGGUUGAAGUGGGUGAUCUUGGAAAUAAUUUCAUGGUUGAUGAAUCAAGUGUUGGCGAAUCGAAGGCAAAGUGUGUGUGCGCAUUUCUUCAAGAGUUAAAUGAUGCUGUUAAAGCCAAGUUUAUAGAGGAUUGCCCUGAGGAACUAAUUGAGACGAAUCCAUCGUUCUUUUCUCAGUUUACCUUGGUCAUAGCUACACAGCUGGUUGAAGAUUCCAUGGUGAAAUUGGACAGAAUCUGUCGGGAGGGAAAUAUUAUUUUAAUAUUUGCACGUUCCUAUGGUCUCAUGGGUCUUGUCCGGAUCAGUGUGAAGGAACAUACAGUAAUUGAAUCGAAGCCUGAUCAUUUUCUAGAUGAUCUUCGGCUUAAUAACCCAUGGCCAGAACUUACGAGGUUCACAGAAACGAUUGAUUUGAACACAACUGAUGCUGUUGUACAUAAACACACACCAUAUAUUGUUAUCCUUGUUAAGAUAGCAGAGGAAUGGGGAAAUACUCAUGGCGGAAAUCUUCCUUCAACCAGGGAAGAGAAAAGGCAAUUCAAGGAUUUAAUUAAGUCCAAGAUGAUCACAGCGGAUGAGGAGAACUAUAAAGAAGCCAUGGAAGCUUCAUACAAGGUCUUUUCUCCACGAGGAAUUGGUGCAAACUUACAGAAGAUUAUUGAUGACAGCUGUACAGAAGUUGAUUCAAAUUCAUCUGAUUUUUGGGUGAUGGUAGCAGCACUGAAGGAGUUCAUAGCCAGUGAAGGUGGUGGGGAGACACCUCUUGAGGGGUCGAUACCAGAUAUGACAUCAUCAACUGAAUUGUAUGUAAACUUGCAAAAAACCUACCAAGCCAAGGCCGAGGCUGAUUUUCUUGUUAUGGAGCAAAGAGUCAGGAAUUUACUUAAGAAAAUCGGUAGGGAUCCAGCCAGCAUAUCCAAGGCAAACAUAAAGAGCUUCUCUAAAAAUGCAAGGAAGCUGGCUGUUUGCAGAUAUCGCCUCAUUGAGGAGGAGUUCAACUCUCCUGUCCAAUCAGAGUUACAGAAGUAUCUGACAAAUGAGGAUCAUGGGACUUUGCAAGAAGCCAACUCUCUUAAAGUACUUCCUGAAAAUACUGCUGCGGGUCUUUAUAUUCUUCUUCGAGCAGCUGAUCGGUUUGCUGUUAACUAUAACAAAUUUCCUGGUCAAUUUGACAGUGAGAUGGAUGAGGAUAUAUCCCGGUUAAAAACUACGGCUGUUGGCCUACUCAAUGACCUUGGUUGCAAUAGCUCCGCCUUAUCAGAGGACCUUAUUAAUGAGAUGUGCCGGUAUGGUGCUUCUGAGCUUCAUGUCGUGUCUGCCUUCGUCGGAGGAGUUGCAUCACAAGAAGUAAUCAAGCUCAUCACGAGACAAUUCAUUCCCAUGUCCGGGACAUUCAUCUUUAAUGGGAUUGAUAACAAUUCCCAGCUGUUGUUGCUAUAGUCUCCAAAUUUACAGGCAUGUCCUUUCUCUCACUUUUAGGCUGCGGUUUUAGGUUCGAUGGAACUGAUAGUUUUUCGCUUUCACUCCCCUUGGCAGAUUGCAUGUUUGACAGAUCUCAGUCUCUGUGUUUUUUCAGAGCUCCAACUUUGCAAGUGAAAAGCAAAGUUGCCAUACUUCUUUGAUUAGCAGUAAAUUUAGGAUCAAUGAAAGAGGUUUAACAAGAAAGUACUAUUUCCAGUUUUGCACACAAACAAUAUUAUUUCCAAGGGAUGAAAAAUGCUACUUUUCAGUUGUAAGUAAAGAGUUUAACUUCUAUACACUAAUACGUAGUUGAUUGGGAGU